AUUCGAUCGCCUCGACGACUUCCAACAUAUUUGUGCUGGAAAGAUGGCCGCCGCCGCCAUUAACUUGGACGAGAUUGACGAAUCGAUUAACUUUUGCCCAGAAGAUGAUGAGCUGCUGGACUACUUGCUGUCCGGAACGGGAGGACCAGAAGGGCUGCUGGACGAGCUUACCCUAGGAGCUCCGAACGAAGCACUCGACGUCAUCCCGACAGUGAUGUCGUCGAAUUCGGCGACAGAGGACGAUUAUGCAUUCGUUGCCGCGGCAACUCAAAUGCAUGCGCCGCCUCCUGCACACAGUGGUGCUCACCAUGCUUCCGUGGAGACUGCCAGCAUAACAUCGUCGGCCGAGUUCGAUGCCCCUGACUCCCCUUCAAACUUGGUGGAGAAUGAUCAGGAUACAGACGACGAAAAGAGGCGCAAACGCCUUGAGCGCAAUCGCAUCUCCGCACGUGAAAGUCGCGCCCGGAAGAAGCAGUACUUAGAGCUGCUCAAGAAAAAGGUGGCCCAACUGACAGAGGACAUCGCGUCUGCCCGUGGCCGGCACUUGGAGUCGGCCGAUCGCACUCUGUCGAGCCUCAAAUCUCGACUGGUGUCUUCGCUCUAUGAUAAAAUCGCGCAUUUGAGUCCACACAUGCCACUCGAUCCUACAGUGCUGGACUCACUUAGACGAGGCGUGCAGCUCUUGCCCUUGCGAUUUGGCCCAAAUUCCAACGAACGCCGCGCUGUUGUGAACUACCGCUUCAAGCAACUGGACAGUCUCCUCUUGCCUCCAUAUACUCGGUUCCUUCUAUGGAUGAGCAACCAGGACGAAGGGUUCUACACAAAGUCGAACCUAUCCCCGCCUGUGUCGUCGAAAAAAACUGACGAGCCGCGAAAGGAUACCGUAGCCAAGAAGGACGGGCUAUGGUCGGCGCUGUCGACGGAGCUCGCGCUCACAUAUGAGCAGGAGGAAAAGAUCAAGGGGCAUUACCGCGCGAGCGACUCGAAGACCGCUGCCUUGGAGCGUCGAAAGAUUGCGAUGGCUGUGAACUACUUGCACCUACUCAAGCAAAACAUGGCGGAACGGGGACAGGCCGUCCAGGCGCAAUCAGACAAAAUCCAAGCGAUCCUGACUCCUGACCAGACCAUCCGAUUCCACAAGUGGACGAUCACCCAUCGAGCCAACCACUCGGCGUCACUGAAAGCCCGUAGCCUUGUUCAAGUGUCGCUCUCUUCCGACAUCAGCUCGAUUUUGCACAAGUCCGACGACGAGUUGGAUCCCCAGGAUAUCACGACGAUGCUGGCGACGCUGUCAAAGCAAGGGACGGCACUGGCGGCGCGUCCGUGAGCAUUGAAAUGCAGCUGUCGCAGCCUUCACACCUCCUUGGGCGGCAUUCAACAAUGAGGUGUACAUUACGAAAUAGAUGGAUAAUAAGAGUUUGCAGCAAUCAACGAGCAUCUGGUGGUGCAAUUGCCACUGGGUCGGAGGAGCAGGCCGACAAUUCAAUGCACAAGUUUCAGAGUUACCGCUGGCCAUGCUGACCAGGUGUCGUUGACGCAAUUUGGUCUUGACCGGG